CACAACAGAACCUGAACCAGGAUUCCUCUGACCACAACUCUGACAGUGGCUCAGAAGACGCACAUGACGGUGGUGGGAUUACUAACCUGGACCAGGAUUCCUCUGACCACGACUCUGACAGUGGCUCAGAAGACGCACAUGACGGUGGUGGGAUUACUCAGAACCUGGACCAGGAUUCCUCUGACCACAACUCUGACAGUGGCUCAGAAGACGCACAUGACGGUGGUGGGAUUACUCAGAACCUGGACCAGGAUUCCUCUGACCACGACUCUGACAGUGGCUCAGAAGACGCACAUGACGGUGGUGGGAUUACUAACCUGGACCAGGAUUCCUCUGACCACGACUCUGACAGUGGCUCAGAAGACGCACAUGACGGUGGUGGGAUUACUAACCUGAACCAGGAUUCCUCUGACCACGACUCUGACAGUGGCUCAGAAGACGCACAUGACGGUGGUGGGAUUACUAACCUGGAUCAGGAUUCCUCUGACAACAGAUCUGAAAAUGCACAUGAUGUUGAUGACAUUACAAGCCUGCAUGCAGACCCUGAAUCCAAUGAACUACCACCAAAUUUGAGCCAAACAACAGAGUCAUCAAUCUUCAGUUUUGAGGACAGUGUUGAUUUUGGUGUGUUUGAACCACUAUGGCAGUCUUUUACUGACUCUGAAUCCAUUGGCAGUGGAGAAGAAUUUCCCAUGGAAGACAGCACUGAGAAGUCAGUAAAUGAAGAAUCACAUUUGGGAGUAGGCAUUAAUGAAAGGUUUCCUCCAGUAAAUGAUGA